AUGGUACUUAAUAUCUUCCAAAAGAAAGAAGUAGAGAUGCUUACAACCACAGUAGAUUUAAGAGACGAUGAGUUGCAAAAACAAAGAUACAACCACCGCCGCAUUCAACAACAACAACACUUUUCAAACAAACAACCUCACCCACACCCACAACCAAUAACACAAAAGGCAGCUACCACCACUUUACUACCAUCACCAAGACUACAGAAAUCAUCAUCACCAUCUUUGCAACAACAACAAAAACAACAACAACAAAAGGCUAACCAGCCACAGGCAAAUGAUAGCAAAAGAAGAACAUAUAUUUCCCAUCGUAUAAACUUACCAAACGCUAAUCGAAGUAGUUCUUCAAGUCCACCUACGAAAAGCUCCAACCAUGUUCCCAGUAUUCCAGAAACUACUAACAGUGGUACAACAAGCCCACCAGGUGUAGCUAAUUCAGACUCACUUACACCAAAUGAUACGGUUACUACAGUGAAUUCACCUACAGCAGAUGUCGUGGCUACCACCACAAAUGCACCAUAUCACUCACCAGAUCUUGCGAAAAAAUCCAAUCAUCUCAAAAGAGGUGCUUCACCGAAGGAAUCGGAGGUUGCAAAAAAGACCCAGAUUAGCAAUGAAGUUCUUGCUCAACGUCGAGCUCGAAGAAUGAGAGCAAGGCCGAGACCUAAUUGUGGGAAAGCCAUCACUAAGCGACAACAGGAAAGACGUAACUCGAUCACAUCAAGAGAAUCAAGAGAGUCAACUAAUUCUCAAAGCAUUUUAUUAACGAAUGAGGUUACGCCAUUGAUGGAUCUGCAACAACUGACGCGGCCAAUGAUUGAUAAAGAGGGUAGAAGAAAGAACCUACGCUCUGGUCGAUCAGCUAAUCAUGAUGAAGCGCCGAAACCUCAAUUCAGUUUGCCAUACCCAGUGAAUGAUGAAAUCAUCAGUAUUAUAAUCACUGAUGAAACUGACGAGCAAGAAGAGUUGGCGGAGACUCAAGAGCCUAGUCCCGAAGAAGCUUCAACGAACUUAUCCAACUUACAAAUCCAAGAAGAAGAUGACGAAGAAGCAGGCAAAUUUCCAGCUGGAUUUGAACCAAUCAAUAACACGCGCAGCUUCAAAAUUGGAAAUAUACCCAGAAACAAUACCUAUUCUGCACAUGAUACGCCAGCACAAUCUCCUCAGUUAGAACAAUUAAACUCUCCGCACAUUGAACCUAUUCAUGCAUCCCCACAAGAAGGAAGAAGUGAAGUUCACAAUGAUACUUUGCAACAACUAACAGGACAAAUGGAAUCACCCACUCAUGCUUCAUCUCAAUCACACUCGUCUCCCAUGCAGCCCACCUCGUCGCAGAAUUCCACGUAUCAUAUGGCCUCAAAUGAUUUUUCAAUAAGUCGGACAGAAGCCGUUGCAUGUAUAUUGGAAAGAACUGGAAGUACUGCCCAGGGCAGCAGGCGAGGUCAACGAUACCAGGAAAUGAGACGAAGGCAAAGAGCACAAAGAAAUCAAACUGGGCAACCUCAAGAAGCUGAUGAAUUAAUUCACGAAGAACCAACAAUGGCAGGCUGUGAUAUGCUGAGGACCGCAGACCAAAUUAAUGCUCUGACUGGUAGAAAGAGGUCUGCCAUCAUGGAAAAUCAUAACGACACACCGUCUUCCCCACUACAUCAUCGUGAGCCUUCAUUAUCUCGACGUUCGACCAUUGAAGAUACUAGAGCUCGAAUUAUUGCCCGUUUAAACCAACGUAUAGAUCCAACAAUGUACCCAAAUGAACCCAGUACCAAUCCUCGUUCACACAACAAUGUUGAACAAGACGAAGAAGAAGCACCACCACCAUUGGACGAGUACGCAAAUAUAGAACACAACCAACCAUCAACACCACCAUACCGCGAACGCCUUCACAAACGAGUUGACUUGAUCUCAUUUGACCCUCGUUACGUUACGCCAGUUUUACGAAUCAAUAAAAAAUUGAUUCGCACACCAAACAAUUUACGUAAAACUAUUCGCAAAUUGAUUCAAUUAAAAAUUGUGCCCGAGGAGAUUGAUUUAUGGAAAAUUGAUCGUAUUGAUGAUGGACAAUUUUAUCGUGUUUUGCCGCAAUUGUUGAAUGGUGAUGAUGCUCAACAAGAGAUUAGAGCCAUGAAUGAAGCAAUGCGGGUGGCUCGUGAACGUACUGAAUUGGAAUUUGAACUGGAGAUUCAACGAGCUAUUGCUAUUUCAAUGGAAGAACAAGCUCAACGACAAUUGUUUCAUGGGUUUAGGUAUAAUGGACCGUCGAGAAGUCAAGCAGAACCUCGCGGAGGGCAAGGAAAAGAUGACGAUGGUGGUGACAAUGAAGAUGUCGCUGUGAGUCGUGGCAUGGACAAUGGGAACAGGGAGGUGUCAUCUGAUGAAGAUGGCGAUGGUUCUAAUGAUAUCAAUGAUGUGUUUAUCAAUGUUGAUGAUGCAUUGAGGAUUUGGCAACAGCAAGAGCAACAACAACAACAACGUCAACGAGAUGAUAAUAAUGAUGAUGUUAAUGAAGAUGGCCAUCAUUUACAUCCGACAAACAUGAUGCCGGGAUCAUUCAACUAUUUGUUACCCGCCCACACACACUCUUCAGUGUCGUCAUACAUGACUGCUGUUUAG